AUGGGUUCUUAUGGGAUGCUAGCAAGAAGAGCUUUGGAGACAGAAACACCAGUUAUGGUUCAGAUACAAGAACUGCACAGAGGCAACAAAGAUGCCAUGUCCCUGGCUCAGGGCGUAGUGUAUUGGCAACCACCCAAGGAUGCACUGGAAAAGGUGAAAGAACUUGUAUGGGAUCCUUCAAUAAGUCGUUAUGGUGCUGACGAAGGGCUUCCUGAGCUCCGGGAGGCACUGAUUAAAAAGUUGCGUCAAGAAAAUAAGUUAUGCAAUUCGUCAGUAAUGGUUACUGCAGGUGCAAAUCAGGCAUUUGUGAACAUCGUUCUUACAUUGUGCGAUGCCGGGGAUUCCGUUGUUAUGUUUGCACCUUACUACUUCAAUGCAUACAUGUCGUUCCAGAUGACAGGUGUGACUAACAUACUGGUGGGUCCCGGUAAUCCAGAGACACUUCAUCCAGAUGCAGACUGGUUAGAAAAGACUUUAUUGGAAGCAAAACCAACGCCAAAGCUUGUUACUGUUGUUAAUCCUGGCAACCCAUCAGGAACUUACAUUCCGGAGCCUCUUCUCAAGAGAAUAGCAGAUCUCUGCAAAGAUGCUGGAUGUUGGCUUGUUGUUGAUAACACCUACGAGUACUUCAUGUAUGAUGGUCGCAAACAUUGUUGUCUUGAAGGCGAUCAUAUUGUUAACAUUUUCUCCUUCUCUAAAGCUUAUGGGAUGAUGGGAUGGCGAGUUGGUUAUAUAGCAUUCCCUUCUGAAGUCCAAGACUUUGGAGCUCUACUUCUCAAAGUUCAAGACAACAUACCAAUCUGUGCUGCAAUAAUCUCACAGCGUCUGGCCCUUGCCUCCUUAGAAAUGGGACCCGAAUGGGUGACUGAUCAAGUGAAAGACCUUGUCAAGAACAGGGACAUUGUUCUUGAAGCGUUAUCUCCCUUGGGAGAAGGUGCUGUAAAAGGCGGAGAAGGCGCGAUUUACUUCUGGGCAAAGCUUCCAGACAAAUAUGUCGAUGACUUUGGAGUGGUUCGCUGGCUUGCUCAUAAGCAUGGGGUGGUCAUUAUUCCAGGAAGUGCCUGUGGCUGUCCCGGGCAUGUUCGAAUCUCAUUUGGAGGGCUGAUGGAGGAUGACUGUCGAGCUGCUGCUGGUCGGCUGAAGAAAGGAUUGGAGGAGCUGGUGAGGGAAGGAAUGAUAGAGGCUUCUGGGGAGCAUGAAUCAUCCCGAAGGGUGAAGUCUGAACUUCUUGUCCAGGUAGAUGGUGUAAACAAUACUGGGACUAAUGAAGAUGGUACUCGCAAAAUCGUAAUGGUUUUGGCAGCUACAAAUUUUCCAUGGGAUAUAGAUGAGGCGCUAAGGAGGCGGCUAGAAAAGCGAAUAUAUAUACCUCUUCCAAAUUUUGAGUCUCGUAAGGAACUUAUAAGGAUCAAUUUGAAAACUGUGGAGGUAGCUGCCGAUGUGGAUAUUGAUAAAGUAGCUCGUCAGACGGAGGGAUACAGUGGAGAUGAUCUAACAAAUGUUUGCCGGGAUGCUUCCUUAAAUGGCAUGAGACGCAAGAUAGCGGGCAAGACACGCGAUGAGAUUAAGAACAUGUCCAAGGACGAGAUUUCAAACGACCCUGUUGCCAUGUGUGACUUUGAAGAAGCUAUAACCAAGGUUCAACCAAGUGUCUCCGCAGCUGACAUUGAACGCCAUGAGAAAUGGUUUUCAGAUUUUGGAUCAGCAUAA